ACCCAAUUUUUGUGUAGUUGAUCCGAUAAAUUCGUUUUUCAACAAAAGAAAUUCUACUAGUGAAUAGUGUAGUGACUGUAGUGAUCAUUGUUUAGAAAUGUCUAGCCAAAUAGAUUGGGCUAAGUAUGUAGCCGAAACGGAGAAAAAUUUCACGAGAAAGAUGGCAAAUAUAGAAAUUUCAGACGAAGGUGACAGUCGUAGGAAAAAUACAAUUAGGGAUGAUGAUGAUGCUAACUAUCAGUUCAAUUUUCUAAUAAGGUCUAAAACAAAGGGUUUAGUUGAAAGCAAAAAUGAUAUCGAGGUGCAGCGGAAAGACCCAAAGUCACCAUUGUACUCUGUUAAAACCUUCGAAGCUUUGAAUUUAAAUCCAAAACUACUCAAAGGAGUCUAUGAUAUGGGCUUUAAUGCACCUUCUAAAUUCCAAGAAAAAUUACUACCUACUGUUUUGGCAGAUUCCCCACAGAAUUUAAUAGCGCAAGCACUGCCAGGUGCUGGAAAAACUGUAGCUUUCGUUCUUGCUAUGUUAAGUAGAGUUGAUGUAACAAAGAAAUACCCACAAGUACUGUGCCUUUCUUCAACUUACGAAUUAGCAAUUCAGACUGGUGAAGUUGCAGCUUAUAUGGCAAAAUUCUGCCCAGAAAUUGAAAUGAAAUUUGCAGUAAGGGGAGAGGAUGUGCCUAGAGGAACAAAAUUGACUGAACAUAUAAUAAUUGGCACACCAAGAAAAGUUUUGGAUUGGGGUAUCAAAUUUCGAGUUUUCGAUUUGAAAAAAAUCGAUGUUUUCAUUUUGGACGAGGCUGAUGUUAUGAUAGCGACACAAGGACAUCAAGAUCAGUGCAUUAGAAUACAUAAGAAUCUAAGGCCGACUUGUCAAAUGAUGUUUUUCGUGCCAGUGUACGACCAAGAAGUCAUGGAUUUCGCUGAGCACAUUGUAAAGACUCCCAUUAUAAUGAGGUUGAAAGGGGAAGAAGAAAUCUUAGAUAACAUUACUCAAUACUACGUGAGGUGCGCAAAUCAGCAAGAGAAGUACAGUGCCGUUACAAAUAUCUACGGUACAAUAGCCGUUGGUCAAGCCAUAAUAUUCUGUCAUACAAGAAAAACAGCCUCUUGGCUGUCAGGAAAAAUGACCACAGAUGGUUAUGCAGUAGCUGUACUUUCGGGAGAUUUGACUGUGGACCAGCGUAUAAGCGUUUUGGAUAGGUUUAGACAGGGAAAGGAGAAAGUUCUUAUCACAACCAAUGUACUCUCUCGAGGAAUUAAAUUUGAGCAAGUAACCACCAUAGUAAACUUCGACUUACCAGUGAAUGUACACGGCAAGGCAGACUGUGACACUUAUCUAUAUAGAAUUGCUUGCACAGUAAGGUUUGGCAAAUCUGGAACUGUUAUAAACCUUGUCGAUUCUGAUCAGUCGAUGGCCAUUUGUAAGUCAAUUGAGAAACAUUUUAAUAGAAAAUUUCAUUAUUUAAAUAUAAACAAAUAACGAAAUCUAAAAAAUUGGCAAUUGAGUUAUACAGGGUGUUAGGGAAUUGACUCUCGUAAUUUUACCGGGCGAUUCAAUAUAUCAAGCUAAGCAAAAAAGUUUAUUACAACAUAGGUCCUAAAACCAACCGUUUUCCAGAAAAUCACGUACAAAGUGUUAAUGAAAUUUGGUAUGGUUCGGCAACAGCGCAUCGGAACUAAACAUGGGUUCUGAAUGAGUAAAUCAGUUGUAAAAAAGUAAUCUGAAAACCUAGACUAUUAAAUUUAUGGCUAACGCACCAUUAUAACUUAUUAUUUUCGGAAAAUUAAUUAUUGCUACAAUUCAGAAUUGGUUUUGAUAACAUUACAUAGUCAGAUAAAUUUUAAAAAAUUAAGUUCACUUGAGUUCUUUCGUUUUAUUUCAGCUCAGACAACUAAGAAUUACUAAUUAUUUCUAAACACUUCACAAUAAAUGUUCAAAAUGUCUGCCUUCACUAUCUAAACAACUCCGACACCUGCGAAUCCAGUUUUCACGAAUUCGUUGGAAAAUCCCUGCCGUAUUACGAAUUUGAUCGGCUGCUGCAAAAAUUCGUUCUCGAAGAUUAUUUUCAUUUUCAAUUUCGGAGGAAUACACGAUAUUCUUCAUAUGACCCCAAAGGAAGAAAUCCAAUGGAUUCAGAUCCGGUGAUCGCGCCGGCCAGCGAUGUGGACCAUUUCUGCCUAUCCACUUAUUUGUGAAAGUGUUGUUUAGGUACUGCACUACUGCACGACUUGAGUGAGCUGGUGCCCCAUCGUGUAAAUACCACAUACUUAAACGUGUUUGAAUUGGCACUUCCUCUAAUAACUCUGGUAAAUUGUUCGUCAAAAAAGCUAGAUAUUCUUCACCAGUUAAUCUACGUGGUAAAAUAAAAGGCCCUAUGAGGAAGUUACCUAUUAAACCGGCCCAAACGUUAAAAGAAAAUUGAUGUUGCCUAUUCCUUUGCACAAUAGUAUGGGGAUUUUCUUCAGCCCAAUUAUGUGCAUUGUGAAAAUUCCAAAUGCCACUGCGCGUAAAACAAGCCUCAUCUGUUGACAAAAUGCAGGAAACAAAAUUGCGAUCUCGUUCACUCUUGUUAAUGAACCAUCUACAGAAAUGUUCUCUUGGAGGAAAAUCAGCUGGUAAAAGGGCUUGAACUCUCUGAACAUGAUAUGGGUACAACAACUGUUCUUUCAAGGUUCUGUGUACACUCCAAUGAGACACUCCGACUUGACGAGCAAUACUUCUAGUACUGCGACUGGAAUCUGCUGCUACCAAUUCUAAAAUUUGUUCUUCAGUUUCCACUUCGAUUUCUCGCUGGCGGCCGCGAUUGUCAUUUUUUGGAAUAACACUACCGGUCUCAAGUAAUCUUUGGGAGACUGCUACAAAUGUUUCACG